CGCGGAGGCCCCACGCACCCUGGCAGGAAGCGAGGGCGCCUGCAGCUGAAACGGUGCAUCCGAGGGGGCCGCGAGCGGCUCUGCAGUGCCCAGCGCCUCAGCGCAGAAUCGCCGCCGCAAAGCGCCAGUCACCAUGGCGGGGCUCCCGGCCACCCUGGGCAAGGCGUUCCAGCCCGAGCUGCAGCCCUUCUGCCGCGUGGAGCCGGCCCUGACCCUCGAGGAGCUCAAGAAGGUCAAGGGCCUGCUGGUUGAGAAGCAGACGCUCAAUUUCGGAAAGGCGAAGGUGAAGGAUGCUGCCGGAAAGCCAACUGGCACGUUCAGUGCUUCUGCAGCCAAUGCAUCAGGGGACCAUUCGGAAUCGAGCAUGUUUGGCAGUUGGUUCCGGGACAACGCCUUGAUUGCGUACGGGUUGUACAUCACAGAUCCCGAUGGUCCGCAGGCAGACGACGCAGUGGCUUGUGUCAAGUCCAUCGCUGAUUUUCUUUUGAGCUCCCAGUGCUUCAAGAUGGAGAUGGUCAUCGCUGGCCUCAAGGAUGUCAAGGGCCCUGAACCGACGUGGAUGGACAGGCCACACAUCCGUUUCAUCGGCGCCACUGGCAAGGAAGACCCCAAGUGGUACAAUCACAAGCAGAACGACGCUCUUGGCUACUUCAUAUUUACGCGGUGCACUUUGGCAUUGAGUAAGAAAAUGCCGAUGACGGGAGAUCACCUGAAGCUCGUAGGACAGCUCUUUGACUACUUGAGAGCAAUCGAGUCGUGGGAUGACCUUGAUGGCGGCCAUUGGGAAGAACACUCUGCGCAGCACGCAUCUUCUAUCGGACCAUGUCUCGCGGCUGUCAGACUAUUCAAGCAGCUGUGCAAGCAAGAGGGCUGGCUUCCACCAUGCAAGGACGGCACCCUCGACCUGAUGGAGAGCAAGCUGUCCGAGGCCCUCAAGAAGAUCCUGCCGAACGAGAUCAUCAUGCCCGCGGAGCUCGCCAGGGACUCCGACGCCGCGCUGAUCUUCCUGUGCUACCCGCUCGGGGUGGUGGACGAUGAGACCGGCCUCAAGAUCUUGGAGCGGCUGAAGAAGGUGUACGGGCACAUCGGCGUCUGCCGCUACCGCACGGACAGCUACUGGUGCCGGGACUACAAGGACACCCAGGAGCGGGCGGGGCGCGGAGGAGGGCUCGGGCCUCGUCUCCUCCCCCCCUCGGGCCUCGUCUCCUCCCCCCCUUGUCUUCCCCUCCUUCCCUCCUCCUGCUCCUCCUCCUCCUCCUCCUCCUCCGCCCUCCUCCUCCUCCUCCUCCUCCUCCUCCUCCUCCUCCUCCUCCUCCUCCUCCUCCUCCUCCUCCUCCUCCGUCCUCCUCCUCCCUCCUCCAGCCCCUGUGGCCGAAGCUCGAGAUGGGUCCUAAUGUCGAGCGUGUGUGUCUGCCCUCCUCCGCCUGCUGACGUGAAUCGCCCUCCCAGGCCUUGCCACUCCUGGUCCUGGACGGGUCGGUUUUGGCAGUGCUCGCGCUGCUUCCGAGGGGCUUGGGCUCUGGAAAAGCCUGCCCUGGGAUUGUGCCGCGGAGGGGUGGGUGUCGGGAUUCGAGGAUAUGAUGCUCCGAGGCUCUCGGCUCUGGGUCACAAGAUGCUCCUUUCGAUGCUUCUGACGGGAGUUUUGUGUUUUAUUCGCUUGUGCUGCAAACUGUACACGUGUGGUGGCCAGUUCCGUGGUUUGCGAGAAGGUUAUGCGCCGCUCCCCCGCUUCGGAGCGCAGGGGAGAAUGCGCGCCUGGAAGCGAGUCUGUCGAGGUCGCCACCCCCAGGUGCCUGGCGUCAUUGUAGACGUCGGCCCAUGGAUUUUUUUUUCGGAGGAGGAGGAGGAGGAGGACCCCUCUUUGCCUCCAAACCCCCUCUUCCCCACUCGGAGGUAG